AUGAAUUUGUUGGAGGAAAGAGAAAAUAAGAACAGGAAUAGUUACUCCGAAGGUGUUAGCACGUUCUACUGGUGUGCACUGUGCUGGCGCUCUAUGCAUACUCUUGAGUAUUCAAGACAGGGGCCCAAGCGGUGCAGCGUGAUGUCGAUCUGGGAUGUGCCACUAGCCAUGGAUCCAGUGCUUUCCUACAACAGGGAUCAAGUAUGUCAAGCCGAUGAUCCCGAGAUGGUGAACCUGAUUGGGAGUCAUGGCCUGUUAUCACACGAUCUUGUGGUGACCUAUGGUACAGGUUGGGAUGAGAUCUUGUAUCCUCGCAAAAUAUCGGCGUGUGUCUUUCGAGGUGUCAAUAUUAAUCAAGACUUCAUGAGGCAGGUUGAAGAAGCUGUUUCACAAGAACCGGACCAACCCGUUGGCUCAUCCAUCCACAUUCUUCAGGGGCCGCCAAAGAAAUUUGAGUUGGGUUAUGAAGGGUACAAAGUGGAUUUCGAAAAUACGACUCUCCCCUCGUAG